CCAAGGUCAUCCUUGUCCUUACCCUAAACGUAUUUUCUUUCAACGCCGCCCGCUUCUCAUCUUCUCCCUCAACUUCUCCCUCAACUUCUCCUUACGGCUCUAGCAACACCCAACGAGUCGUUUUUCCAUCCGCAACGAUAGCCAUACCAACAACCAACGGCGUUUCUCCCUUCGCGCAUUAUUCUCCCACCUCUCGCUGUUAAUGCGAUCCUCACUCGUGCAUUUUGUCCAUAAGCCCACUGCACAUGUCCUUGGUGCUACUCCUCGUCUUGCUGCUCACCUUCCUUGCCGCUAGUUCUUGUCAUCAGUCACGCUGCUGGUCCUCGUCCUCAGUCACGUUGCUGCUUUCUGUGAUGCUUGCCUCUAGCCGCCCGUUGAGCCUUUCUCAUCGCCUUAAGCCAUAAAGCCACCGAUAUCGCCGUCGUUCACCAUUGCCGUUCUCGCUUGCUGUCACCGUCCUUGUCGUUCAAUAGAUAUCGCCUCAAAUCUGGCUAUCGUUUUCAGGUUGAACAGCAUCGGAAGUUUAAGAUAGAAAGAUUUGUCUAAAAAGAGAGGGAGAAAGAGAGAGUCGCAGAUAAAAUCUCGAGUCACGAUCACUACACCACCAGAGAAGGGUCGAAACUGAUAUUCAAAAUCUUGAAGCAUGGGAAAGUCAAGACAAGAUUCUGUGACUAAAGCUGAUCGCAAAUUCGAGAAGAAACUUCAGUUCUAUUCCAAGGUUAGAGAUACAGUUGCCAGUUUGACUGCCCAAAAGUCCAUCACUAAGAAAAAGAAACUCCGAAGUCGACAGAAGAAAUUGAAAGCAUAUGAUCUGUCCACACUUACAGAGUUCCUUCCUGAGUUGGAUUCUCAGAAACAGCAAUCAACCCCUGCAGCUGAGUUUAAACUGAAUUGUAAAACUAGACAAAAAUUAAUAUUGAAAGAAGGGAAACAACUGAAUACAGUUCUUAACCAUCCUGUUUUCCAGUCCGAUCCUCUGGAAGCCAUUCAUCAACACUUACAGAGUACACAACCGGUCAUGGAUGAGAAACCCAAGAAAAAGGUGACCAAAAAUGGAGGGAAGAAAGUGAAGGGGAAAAAGGCUAAAGUUUCAAAUCAAUGCCAAUCAAUGGAUUUCUGAAUGGGCCUUUGUCUGGAUUUCUAAUGUGGUGACAUUCAGUUUUCCUAGUUUGGAAUGUUAUUGCCUUUGCGUGUUAAUGAACAAUUCACUUUGAGAAUUCAAAUUUUGGUCGAUGUGUUAUUAUUCUUUAUUUAUUUAUUUAAUAAUUUAUAAAUAAAAUUUUUGUAAUUAUUCACGCAUAGCGCGGGUAUUUAACUAGGUGAUAUUAUAUC